AUGACAGAGCUGGUCACCUCUUUCCUGGACCCUGGUAUUGGCAAGAUGGACCGUCUGAAUCUCACAGAUGGAACCUCCAGUUUCUGUCACCUUAUUGGUUCUGGCUUCGUUGUCCCUCCCUCUCUUUCAAUAAAGUCUUUGCUGGUGGCCAGAGGAGAGCCUGAGUCACUCCACAGGAAGCCAGGAGCCUACCACAGGAAAAGGACUGCUGGUGGUGGUGUGGGCAAGACGGGAGGCAACUUCUCCAUCACUCUAAAUGGAAGCAAAGAGGUGAGUUAUGAAUCAGCUGGUUACGCUGCUCUGUGGAUAUUCCCAUUGGUGGUACUCACAGUCACUUUUGUCCUCGGUGUGCUGGGCAAUGGACUGGUGAUCUGGGUGGCUGGAUUCCGCAUGAAACACACAGUCACCACCAUCUGCUACCUGAACCUGGCCUUAGCCGACUUCUCCUUCACUGCCACCCUACCUUUCCUCAUUGUCUCCAUGGCCAUGGGAGAAAAGUGGCCAUUUGGCUGGUUCCUCUGCAAGUUGAUUCACAUCAUUGUGGACAUAAACCUGUUUGGAAGUGUCUUCCUGAUUGCUCUCAUCGCCUUGGACCGCUGUAUUUGUGUCCUGCAUCCAGUGUGGGCCCAGAACCACCGCACCGUGAGUCUGGCCAGGAAAGUGAUCCUCGGACCCUGGAUCCUUGCCCUAGUCCUUACCUUGCCAGUUUUCAUCUUCUUGACCACAGCAAAUGAUCCAAAUGGAAACAUAUACUGCACCUCCUCCUUUGCAUCCUGGGGAGACACUGUCGAGGAGAGGCUGAAGGUGACCAUCACCAUAUUGAUAGCCAGAGGGAUCAUCCGUUUCAUUGUUCGUUUCAGCAUGCCUAUGUAAGUGGUUGCCAUCUGCUAUGGGCUCAUCGUGGCCCAGAUUUGCAAAAGAACCAUGAAAACUUCCAACCUCUCCUUUUGGGUCCUCACUGCAGUGGUGGCUUCCUUCUUCAUCUGUUGGUUUCCCUUCCAACUGAUGGCCCUUCUAAGAACAAUAUGGCUCAAAGAGAUGUUGUUAGAGGGUAAGUACAAAACCCUUGGCAGCCUGCUCAGUCCAGCAAAAUCCCUGGCCUUCUUCAAUAGCUGCCUCAACCUGGUGCUCUACGUUUUUUUUGGCUGGGACUUCCGGGAGAGACUGAUCUGCUCCCUGCCUAUGAGUUUGGAGAGGGCCCUGGGUGAGGAUCCAGCCCCGACCAGCGAUGUGGUGACAAAUUCUGCUCCACCUAACACAGAGGUCAAGUUGUAGGUAGUGUGAGGAGGAUCUCAGGUUUAUCCUUUGUCCUACCCUGAUCUCACUUUCAGCUUUAUCUCACUUUGAGUCAUGCCCUGGAAUAUUUGCUCUGAGAAAACACUCUUGUGUCCCCUAAUUUGUGGGAAAGAAAUAGGAAACAAGUUGCUGUUGGUGUCAUUUCAUUUUUGUAACCUCAAGCUGUACCUGAGCUAAGUGUUGGUGGAAUAGAACUACAAGAGAAAAUGAAUGAUGUGUCACUCGAUUUUCUUAGAAUGACUGUGAUGAUGUUCAUGUAAAAACUAUAGUUAUUUUAAUCUCCUUAAUUUGUUUGCUUGACAUCAAACUUAUAGUAGUCUCCUAAGUGAAACAUAGUUGGGAGCUCUGACUCUAUUUUCUUUAUGUUUAGAAAAAUUCACCAGUGUAAACAACAGAUUUCCAGGUGUUUUUUUUUUUUUUUUUG